CAAAGAUCUGUAGACAAGGAAAGAUCGUGACAACAUCUUUGUUAAAGAUCAAGGACAAGAACUGCAAGCUAAAAUGGACAAUUGUCCUGAGGACUUACUUGUACAUAUUGUCAAUUCAUCUCCUGAAGAGCAAAUGCUGGACAGCGCAUUUCGAGCAUGUGACUCAGAAGGGAUAGGAAAAGUAUCUGUGUCCCAGAUAAUUGAAUACUUGAAAAGGGUGACUGAUCCUAACUGCGAUGGAGAACGGCUUCAGAGCCUUUGUAACAUGCUUGAUCCAGAAAAUGAGGAGAACUUAAUAGAUUGGGAUACAUUCCGCACUGUUAUGACCAACUGGAUCGCUUCCUGCUGCCAAGAAAUGGAAUUAUGUGGCACAAAGAAUGAAGAAACACUUGUGAAAGACAAUUGCCACCCAUCGACAGAGAAGGUUCAUGUGGAUGAUGCUCAGCAGGAAGCUCAUGGUUGGAAUUUCCAGAAGUCCAUGGUAGAAAAUGUGGAUCUAAUCAGCAAAAUUAGAGAACUUGAUUUUGCCAACAAAAAAUUGAUUGAACAAAAGGCUAAACUUCAAAUGAGCCUAGAACUAGCAGAUGAAACCAGCUCCCAACUAACAGAAGAAAUCAGUGACCUGAAAAACAAGCUGAAAAGGAAAUGGAGAAGGUGUCAUUAAAUAACCAAAUACAAACUCUCCAAAAAGAGG